CAUGUAUAAGGUCCAUGGGCUUCUUCAGUGUCACGGGUCCAUAAAUAAAUAAACAUCCACUAUCCCAUGCACAAAUAUUAAAAGUCACAAUUUUGACCAACAAUAUUGCUACCAUAACAAUGCAGGAAAACAGUUUUGAUUUCAUUCUUAUUAUCAUUUUCUUGAUCUCACCUCAUUAUCUAGCCUUCAACACCGGUGGUGGAGAUGGCGGGAGGGAGAUGACCUCGUCUGAAACAUCUUCACCCCCUAGUAGUGGUGAAAGUGGUGCAGCGCGUGGACCUAAUUGGGAUUACAACUGGGGUUGGGGUUCUAGCCCUAGAGGAGGAUGGGGUUAUGGCUCUGGCUCAGGUAGGUCUCCUGAUGGGUUAGGUCAAGGUUGGGGGUUUGGUUUUGGAUCCGGGAGUACAGGGUCUGGUACUGGUUAUGGAUAUGGUUCUGGUGGUGGUUCAGGAGGAAGAGAGAUGCCCUCGCCAGAAACAUCUCCAUCUCCUAGUGGAGAAAGUGGUGUAGCUCAUGGACCUAACUGGGAUUAUAACUGGGGUUGGGGUUCUAGCCCUAGAGGAGGCUCGAGUAGAUCUCAUGAUGGAUUAGGUCCAGGUUGGGGGUUUGGUUUUGGGUCUGGGAGUGGAUCCAGUACUGGCAAUGGAUAUGGCUCUAGCUAUGGUUCUGGUGGUGGCUCAAGUAGCUAUGGUAGCGCGCCAUCAAUUUCAAAGGAGAGAGAUCAUCUGGAUGUUGUUGCACCAUUGAAAGGGGAAGGAAUUGCUACAAGAAUAGAAGGUUUGACUCUAGAUAGAGAUCUCGAUCCUGAUGGAAUACACAUUACUAAUUUACACCUAGAAUUGAGUGACGAUGAUUUGAUAAAGCAAGAUCAAAGUCGUCAAAAGUCUUAUACAGAAAAAUGAUUUUUUUUCCAUGAAAUUGUUUUAAAUUUAUUUUCUUUUCACUUGUGUUUAUACAGAGUUCUUUUUUUUUUUUGACAAAUUGAUACUAAGUUC